CCCUUUCAGCUUCUCACUGCCGUCCGAGGGGACCGAGAGGAUGUCUGGGGCCCUGCCUGAGGAGCAGGCCGCCGCCGCCGCCACCGCCGGUGACAUGGACGAGGCGGCCGGCCGCUUCCAGGUGCAGAAGCACUCGUGGGACGGCCUCCGGGGCAUCAUCCACGGCAGCCGCAAGUACUCGGGCCUCAUCGUCAACAAGGCCCCGCACGACUUCCAGUUUGUACAGAAGACGGACGAAGCCGGCCCCCACUCCCACCGCCUUUACUACCUAGGUAUGCCUUAUGGCAGCCGGGAGAACUCGCUCCUCUACUCUGAGAUCCCCAAGAAGGUCCGCAAGGAGGCCCUGCUGCUGCUGUCCUGGAAGCAGAUGCUGGACCACUUCCAGGCCACGCCGCACCACGGGGUGUAUUCACGGGAGGAGGAGCUGCUCCGAGAGCGGAAGCGCCUGGGCGUGUUUGGCAUCACCUCCUACGACUUCCACAGCGCCAGCGGCCUCUUCCUCUUCCAGGCCAGCAACAGCCUCUUCCACUGCCGCGAUGGGGGCAAGAACGGCUUCAUGGUGUCCCCCAUGAAGCCACUGGAGAUCAAGACCCAGUGCUCAGGGCCCCGGAUGGACCCCAAAAUCUGCCCCGCCGACCCCGCCUUCUUCUCCUUCAUCAACAACAGCGACCUGUGGGUGGCCAACAUUGAGACGGGAGAGGAGCGGCGCCUCACCUUCUGCCACCGGGGAUCAUCCAGUGUCCUGGAUGACCCCAAGUCGGCCGGCGUGGCCACCUUCGUCAUCCAGGAGGAGUUUGAUCGCUUCACGGGGUGCUGGUGGUGCCCCACAGCCUCCUGGGAAGGCUCUGAAGGCCUGAAGACACUGCGCAUCCUGUAUGAAGAGGUGGACGAAUCUGAGGUGGAGGUCAUCCAUGUCCCCUCGCCGGCCCUGGAAGAGAGGAAGACCGACUCCUACCGAUACCCCAGGACAGGCAGCAAGAAUCCGAAGAUCGCCUUGAAGCUGGCCGAGUUCCAGACAGACAAUCAGGGCAAGAUUGUCGCGGCCCAAGAGAAGGAGCUGGUGCAGCCCUUCAGCUCCCUCUUCCCUGCGGUGGAGUACAUUGCCAGGGCUGGGUGGACACGUGACGGCAAGUACGCCUGGGCCAUGUUCCUGGACCGACCCCAGCAGCGGCUCCAGCUGGUGCUCCUGCCCCCGGCCCUGUUCAUCCCGACCCCCGAGAGCGAGGCACAGCGGCUGGCCUUCGCCAGGGCCGUCCCAAAGGACGUCCAGCCCCACGUAGUAUACGAAGAGGUCACCAACGUCUGGAUCAACGUGCACGACAUCUUCUACCCCUUCCCGCAGGCGGACGGCCAGGAGGAAUUCUGCUUCCUCCGUGCCAAUGAGUGCAAGACCGGCUUCUGCCACCUGUACAAAGUGACCGUUCUCCUCAGGGCCAAUGGCUACGACUGGACUGAGCCGCUCAGCCCCCGGGAAGAUGAAUUCAAAUGUCCCAUCAAGGAGGAGAUUGCGCUGACCAGUGGCGAGUGGGAGGUCCUGGCCAGGCACGGCUCCAAGAUCUGGGUCAAUGAGGAGACCAAGCUGGUGUACUUCCAAGGCACCAAGGACACACCGCUGGAGCACCACCUCUACGUGGUCAGCUACGAGUCCGCCGGCGAGAUCGUGCGCCUCACCACACCCGGCUUCUCCCACAGCUGCUCCAUGAGCCAGAACUUCGACAUGUUCGUCAGCCACUACAGCAGCGUGAGCACGCCGCCCUGCGUGCACGUGUACAAGCUGAGCGGCCCGGACGACGACCCGCUGCACAAGCAGCCGCGCUUCUGGGCCAGCAUGAUGGAGGCGGCCAGCUGCCCCCCGGAUUAUGUGCCUCCAGAAAUUUUCCAUUUCCACACACGAUCAGAUGUGCGGCUCUAUGGCAUGAUCUACAAACCACACGCCCUGCAGCCAGGGAAGAAGCACCCUACCGUGCUCUUUGUGUACGGGGGCCCGCAGGUACAGCUUGUGAACAACUCCUUCAAAGGAAUCAAGUAUCUGCGGCUCAACACGCUGGCAUCACUAGGGUACGCCGUGGUGGUGAUCGAUGGCCGGGGCUCGUGUCAGAGAGGGCUUCGCUUUGAGGGGGCCCUGAAAAACCAGAUGGGCCAGGUGGAGAUCGAAGACCAGGUGGAGGGCUUGCAGUUCGUGGCGCAGAAGUACGGCUUCAUAGACAUGAGCCGCGUCGCCAUCCACGGCUGGUCCUACGGAGGCUUCCUCUCGCUCAUGGGGCUCAUCCACAAACCCCAGGUGUUCAAGGUGGCCAUCGCGGGCGCCCCAGUCACAGUGUGGAUGGCCUAUGACACAGGGUACACAGAGCGCUACAUGGACGUCCCCGAAAACAACCAGCAGGGCUACGAGGCGGGCUCUGUGGCCCUGCACGUGGAGAAGCUGCCCAACGAGCCCAACCGGCUGCUCAUCCUCCACGGCUUCCUCGAUGAGAAUGUGCACUUUUUCCACACCAACUUCCUCGUGUCCCAGCUCAUCCGGGCGGGGAAGCCCUACCAGCUCCAGAUCUACCCCAAUGAGAGACACAGCAUUCGCUGCCCCGAGUCGGGAGAACACUAUGAAGUCACACUGCUGUACUUUCUACAAGAGCACCUCUGAGCCCCCGCCUGGGAGCCCCCACCCCA